UAGAUGGCGCCCCUGCCCAGCCUGCUCCGCGGCGCCGAGACAGCUGAGUCACACAUACAUUUAGAGCCAGAUAAAUAGAUACUGUGCUAAAAAAAAGAGCGACUACAGUCAAGACAUUGCCGUGAAUACACCGGGUUUUUUUUAGCCAAACCGCCUCUGACUCCGCGUCGAAAAAUGCUGACGAUAACGCUGAAGACCCUCCAACAGCAAACGUUCAAAAUAGAAAUAGACCCAGAAUUGACGGUGGAAGCCCUGAAGGAGAAAAUAGAGGAAGACAGAGGAAAAGAUGCGUUUCCUGCUGCUGGACAGAAACUCAUUUAUGCAGGCAAAAUCUUAAAUGAUGACACCCCGCUGAAAGAGUACAAAAUUGACGAGAAGAACUUUGUGGUGGUCAUGGUUACCAAGCCUAAACCUGCCCCUUCUCCACAAGCAGCCCCUCAGCCAACUCCCCAGCCAACUGCAGCUCCAGCACCACCCUCAGCCUCAGACCCAGCACAAGCCUGUGGCCCAACACUAGUGCCCUCCACACCCACACACACAGCAUCUGCACCCACACCUGCCCCGCAGUCAGUGCCUCCUUCUGAAUCCCCGCCCCCAGCGGCAGAAAACACCACGCCUGCUUCUGCUGAAGCAGUAGCAGCCCCAGACUCAAACACUGCUUCGGCCUCAGAUGCCACUCUAGCCUCUGCCCUGGUUGCGAAAGUUGAUAAGACAGCUCUGACCUCGGUCCCUGCAGACCACCCCACCCCUGCUUCCCAGCCAGAAGAGAAGCCAAGGGAAGACCCUGAGAAUGAACCGUCUGCCCCUGCAACAGUCCACCCCUCUGCCUCCAGCCUCGUUGAUGAACUGGGUCUCCUUGAAGAAGCAGCAUCAAUACUGGUAACGGGACCAGCCUAUGAGAAUCUGGUGUCAGAGAUUAUGUCUAUGGGUUAUGAGCGGGAGAAGGUAGUGGCUGCACUCAGAGCCAGUUACAAUAACCCAGACCGAGCAGUGGAGUAUAUACUCUUGGGUAUUCCAGCGGAGGCCAAUGAUCUUCCAUCUCAGGAGCCAGUUAGACAUAGUGCUCCAUCCAACCUCCUCACUCCUGCUACACAACAACCACGGCAGCCCCCAGCAGCCUCAACAGGGCCAGUGUCUGGCAGCCAACCUGCCCCAGCAGGGCCAGUGUCUGGCAGCCAACCUGCCCCAGCAGGGCCAGUGUCUGGCAGCCAACCUGCCCCAGCAGGGCCAGUGUCUGGCAGCCAACCUGCCCCUGCAGGUGGAGGUUCUGUCUCAACAGGGAACCCUCUGGAGUUCCUGAGGAACCAGCCUCAGUUCCAGCAGAUGAGGCAGAUCAUCCAGCAGAACCCAGCCCUUCUACCAGCCCUGCUGCAGCAGCUGGGCAGAGACAACCCGCAGCUGUUGCAGCAAAUCACGCAACACCAGGAGCGUUUUGUGCAGAUGCUGAAUGAGCCACGAGGUGGAGACACGGGAGGGGAAGGGGCCGAGGCCCAGGGGUCCCCGCACACCAACUACAUCCAGGUCACCCAACAGGAGAAGGAGGCUAUUGAGAGGUUAAAAGCGCUGGGCUUCCCAGAAGGCCUAGUCAUCCAGGCUUACUUCGCCUGCGAGAAGAAUGAGAAUCUGGCCGCUAACUUCCUCCUACAGCAAACAUGGGACGAUGAGUAACCACACAUCACGUGACACAUCACCGUCCAACUGAGGGCUGCAGAGUGGAUGACAGUGCUGCACGAGGUCCCACAGGGAGGAACAAGGACAGGAGAGGAAGAGGACAUUUUAUUUCAUGCCAUGUGACUGUGGUCUGAUGAUGGUGAUGAUGAUGAUAAAGUUCAAAGUUAGCUGCCUACUUUUCCAUUCUGCUGUGAUGAUCAUCAUAGGAGCUUACUCUGAGCUGUGCCUCACUGCUGCUACAUCGUUACUGCUGCCGCUUGUGCCGAGUGAUGUGCCCAGAGAAAGUCACGCCAGAAAAUACGUCAGCAGUCUGCAUCACCUUCACGGGCUGAAGGCUUUUAUUUAGAGGGUUUCAGCUGCAGUCAGCUCUCAGGCUGCCGGUAGAACAUGGUAGACUACUGUACAUGCACAGUAUAUUCAUCUCAGAGUGAGUGAAUAUACACAUUCAUUCACACUCAUUUUCAACAUGUGUGUAUGCAAACCCUCCAUGUUGGAUUUAUUGGAAAAUGUGAUGCAAACUGUUGACUGCACUGUUUGAGAGCUAGCAUUGCUUUAUAUUAAAGUUCAGGUCCGACCAUUUCUUCUGCUUCUUUUAUCCUCUGAAAAAACAUUGACUGAAUGAGUCCAAACAGCACAAAUGUGUGCUUCAGCUGCUGUUUUGACGUUUCGUUAACCAUGCAGAUGUGGUUUUAUCAGUGGAACAUGAAAACUGCAUGGCGAUUGAAAUUGCUACAGGAGUAUCUGAAACUUUAUGGCCCGUUCCUACCAGUAAAAGAUAAAUUAAAUAAAAUGCUAGGAAUGACAAUGAUUCAAAAUACUUAAAUGACUUAAAUUUAAAGCUUCAGUAGGUAACUUUAAUAAAAAUAACUUUUUAGUUACAGUUGACUGUUGAGUCUCAUUCUCAGGUCAACAAAUACCAAUGCUCGGAAUGAAACUCCACAAAAAACUAUAUUCAAGGCUCCAACCCAAAGUGUCUUUCUAUCUUUCUUGGCUCUGAUUGGUUGUUUUCAUUCAGGCCGAAUGGAUUCUUGCAAAUGCCAUUAGGAGCACUAGGAGGAACCUGACUUUUUCAUAGACUAUGGUCUCAUGUGCUGCUGUCAGGAUAUAGUGAAAGUUUCAGCAAAUAUGAAAAAAGUUAUUUUUAGAAAAGUUACCUACUGCAACUUUAAAUCCAAUUUUUGGCUAGAGUCCAGAUUACAAGACAGUAAGUGAAUGUCACUGUUUGAAGUUUUUUUUAUUAGUUUUAAAAUCAUUUUGACUUUCUCAGAAUUUUGCAUUAGUAUCUCAUAAUUUUGACUUAAAAAUUAAAAAAAAGUUGACUUGUUGAAUCAUUUAUUACUUAGUAUCAAAAUGUAUUUACUUUCUUUAUUUUGACUCACUGACUUUGACUUACUUCUGUGUCGGAGUAUUUUUAUUUGUAUUAUUUCCAACUGUUGCUUCUUUCUUUUUUGUUGAUUAUUAUAAUUUAUUUUUCUUUUCUUUCUUUUUUUUGCAGAAAUGGGCUUCCAAAAUUUGUAGACAUCCAAAGUUUGAUCAAAUCUGUCUGGGUGGUUGCACUCCAUUUGGAACAUUCAAUCAUAGUAUUUUAUCAUUGCUUGUUAUGUGGAUUAUGUGUGCUGUGGUAUUGUGUUUAGUGGGAGAAGAGGGGACACCCAGAUGCAGCGCUUUGCUUGUAUUGCCAUCAUGGUCUUUUGCAGUGGUGGGUUUGUUUCUUUUCUUAUUUUGCAGAUGAUGGUAACUGAAGGUUUAUUGUGAGGUGCCACAUAGCAUGCUUUGUGAGUUUGACUUUUUAUUUUAAAGAAAAGUUGUUUCCUUAGCUGGAAUGUUCAAACAUCGUCCACCAGCUACUUUCAGACAAUCUGUUUUUGUUCAGUUUGUCUCAUAUCACAUAUUCUAUGCAUCUUAAAGCUGUAAGAGCCAUUGCUCCUUCAUGCCUUAUGGGUUGUUAAAGACUUGAACAUGUUUCAUUUUACAAAUGGUGUGGUAGUACAAUAUAGUGUUUCAGAUAUCUCACAGAGUGUCAUCGAAUUUAGAGUUUUAAUUAUUGAUGAUUAAUCAGUUAUUGUUUUGGUCACCUAAAGGGAUUUUAGAUAAGUGCUAAAAGCCAAAACAAAACAAAUAUUUUUUCAACUUUCAGCAUGUGCUUUGCUGUUUCUCAUUUUACUUCUCUUUAUUGUGUUUGAACUUGAAAUGACUGGAAGUUUUGUAUUAUAUUGUAAAUGGGGUCUACAAUUUUGGGGAAAAGGCACUUUACUAUGACAAAUGCUGCUCUUUAGCUGUGAGGGGUUGUUGGUUGCAUGAGAUUGUUACAGUUAUUUAUAGCAUGGCAGUGGGUUAGGAAUGAUGAAACCACCAGUGUGGUGUUGCUCUCAUCUCAGUUUUUGUUUUGUUUUUAGGUUUAUAAAAAAUAUAACCUUAAAUACACCAGUUGAGGUUUUGCUGAAUACUUGUGAAAAACGUAUGUUUCAGCACUGUGUAAAAUAAAUGGCUUUUACAAAGUA